AAGACUCCAAAUCAGUCGGAGAGAGGAGUGGAAGGAGCCAAAACAUCCCUGCGAGGCCUGCGCUCAUCAGCCCCCUUACCCAAAGUCCUGGGCUGCUGGUGCCGGGAGCAGGCUCCUGGAGCCGGAGCCAGCUUGGCACUGGAACCGGCGUCCUCUGGUGGCAGAGAGAGAGCGCUACUGGCGAUUUUCGGACCGAAUCGGCACGCUCGUCAGAUCCAAGCAGGCGGGACUGGCCUGGAGCAGAAAGAAAAAGAGAGGAGGGUAUAAGGACAGACCAAGGAAGAGGGGCUGGAGGUGCAGCCUAAGGGGAUAAAAAGUGGCCUGGAAGGAACCAAGACUCCACCAGUAACAAUUGGGUUGCUUCAGCCUCGGUCUAGGGUUCCAGGCCCUGAACCCCCCAACCUCACAAGGGUUGGAAAGUGAGGCUGGAGAACUUUCCAGCUGGUACUUUGAUUUUUUUCUAAAAUUUUUUUUUCACCCUAGUUCGGUUGGGUGCUCCGUCCUACGGAGCCCCAAACUUAUUUUAAGAAGCCGCCACCGUGUUAUGGGCGUGCGCAACUGCCUCGACGGCAAUAAUAUGUCAGGACAACACGAUAUCUCCCCUGAAAUCGGGGAACAGCCCGAGCAACCACCUUUGGAGGCCCCAGGGGCAGCUGCCCCCGGUGCUGGGCCUAGCCCAGCCGAAGAGAUGGAGACCGAACCGCCUUACAGCGAGCCCAUCCCCCUCGAGAAUGACGGCGAGGCCUGUGGAACCCCAGUGGUCUCCAGGCCCAACUUUCAGGUUCUCAGUCCGCCCUUCAAGGAAGCUGGAGCCCAUGGAAGCUACAGCCCACCUCCCGAGGAAGCCAUGCCCUUCGAGGUCGAACAGCCCAGCUUGGGAGGCUUCUGGCCCACACUGGAGCAGCCUGGAUCCCCCAGUGGGGCCCAGACAGGCCUUGAGGCCUUCGGCUCAGCACUCAUGGAGCCUGGAGCCUUCGGUGGUGGCAGACCAGGUGUGGGAGGAUACAGCCCUCCACCAGAAGAAGCUAUGCCCUUUGAAUUUGACCAGCCUGCCCAGAGAGGCUGCAGUCAACCUCUCUUACAGGUCCCAGACCUUGCUCCAGGAGGCCCAGGUGCUGCAGGGGUCCCCAGAGCUCCUCCCGAGGAGCCCCAAGCCCUCAAGCCUCCAAAGGCUGGCUCCGGAGGAGGCUAUAGCCCUCCCCCUGAGGAGACUAUGCCAUUUGAGCUUGAUGGAGAAGGCUUUGGGGAAGACAGCCCACCCCCGGGGCUUUCCCGAGUCAUCGCACAAGUCGACGACGGCGGUGGCCAGUUUGCGGCAGUCGCGGUCUCGAGUGCGGUCCGCCUCACUCCCGCCGCGAAUGCGCCUCCCCUCUGGGUCCCAGGAACCAUCGGCAGCCCAUCCCGAGAGGCUGUCAGACCUCCUAACUUCACCAGCAGCAGCCCCCCGAUGGAGAUCUCCGGACCCCCACUUGAGAUUGGCAGCGCCCCCGCUGGGGUCGACGACGCUCCCGUCAACAUGGACAGCCCCCCAAUCGCGCUUGACGGCCCGCCCAUCAAGGUCUCCGGAGCCCCAGAUAAGAGAGAGCGAGCAGAGAGACCCCCAGUUGAGGAGGAAGCAGCCGAGAUGGAAGGAGGCACAGCCACCGAUGCCACGGAGGGAGGAAAAGUCCCCUCUCCGGGGGACAGAUCCCCUGCCGCCGGGGCAGCCUCAGCGGAUCCCGCAGCCAGGGCGGCCCCUGCAGCCCCAGCCGAUCCCGACUCCCGGGCAGCCCCAGCCGAUCCCGACUCCGGGACAGCCCCAGGCAGUCCCGACUCCCGGGAAGCCCCAGCCGAUCCCGACUCCGGGACAGCCCCAGCCGAUCCCGACUCUGGGGCAGCCCCAGCCGAUCCCGACUCUGGGGCAGCCCCUGACGCCCCAGCCGAUCCAGAUGCCGGGGCAGCCCCUGACGCCCCAGCCGAUCCUGACUCCCGGGCAGCCCCUGACGCUCCCGGCGCCCCUGCGGCUGCUGAGACCGGGGCAGCCCCUGUCGCCCCAGCUGCGCCUGACGCUGGGGCCCCAGCUGCCCCAGCCGCUCCUGCCGCCCGGGCAGCCCCAGCAGCCCGGGCAGCCUCUGCAGCCCCUGCCUCCGGGGCCAGACGCAAGCUCCAUCUCCUUAGACCCCCCAGCCCCGAAAUCCAGGCUGCCGAUCCGCCUACUCCACGGCCUACUCGCGCGUCUGCCUGGCGGGGCAAGUCCGAGCGCAGCCGCGGCCGCCACGGGUACUACGAUGAAGGGGCGGCCAGCAGCGACGAUGACUCCAGCGGAGACGAGUCCGACGAUGGGACCUUCGGAUGCAUCCGCUGGUUUCAGCAUCGGCGAAACCGCCGCCGCCGAAAGCCCCGGCGCAACUUACUCCGCAACUUCCUCAUGCAAGCCUUCGGGGGCUGCUUCGGUCGAUCUGAGAGUCCCCAGCCCAAAGCUUCACGCUCCCCCAAGGUCAAGAAGGUACCCCUGGCGGAGAAACGCAGACAGAUGCGCAAAGAAGCCCUGGAGAAGCGGGCCCAGAAGCGUGCAGAGAAGAAACGCAGCAAGCUCAUCGACAAGCAACUCCAGGACGAAAAGAUGGGCUACAUGUGUACGCACCGCCUGCUGCUUCUAGGUGCUGGAGAAUCUGGUAAAAGCACCAUUGUGAAGCAGAUGAGGAUCCUGCAUGUUAAUGGGUUUAAUGGAGAGGGCGGCGAAGAGGACCCGCAGGCUGCAAGGAGCAACAGCGAUGGUGAGAAGGCAACCAAAGUGCAGGACAUCAAAAACAACCUGAAAGAGGCAAUCGAAACCAUUGUGGCCGCCAUGAGCAACCUGGUACCCCCUGUGGAGCUGGCCAACCCUGAGAACCAGUUCAGAGUGGACUACAUUCUGAGUGUGAUGAACGUGCCUGACUUCGACUUCCCUCCUGAAUUCUAUGAGCAUGCCAAGGCUCUGUGGGAGGAUGAAGGAGUGCGUGCCUGCUACGAACGCUCCAACGAGUACCAGCUGAUUGACUGUGCCCAGUACUUCCUGGACAAGAUCGAUGUGAUCAAGCAGGCCGACUAUGUGCCGAGCGACCAGGACCUGCUUCGCUGCCGCGUCCUGACUUCUGGAAUCUUUGAGACCAAGUUCCAGGUGGACAAAGUCAACUUCCACAUGUUUGAUGUGGGUGGCCAGCGUGACGAGCGCCGCAAGUGGAUCCAGUGCUUCAACGAUGUGACUGCCAUCAUCUUCGUGGUGGCCAGCAGCAGCUACAACAUGGUCAUCCGGGAGGACAACCAGACCAACCGCCUGCAGGAGGCUCUGAACCUCUUCAAGAGCAUCUGGAACAACAGAUGGCUGCGUACCAUCUCUGUGAUCCUGUUCCUCAACAAGCAAGAUCUGCUCGCUGAGAAAGUCCUUGCUGGGAAAUCGAAGAUUGAGGACUACUUUCCAGAAUUCGCUCGCUACACUACUCCUGAGGAUGCUACUCCCGAGCCCGGAGAGGACCCACGCGUGACCCGGGCCAAGUACUUCAUUCGAGAUGAGUUUCUGAGGAUCAGCACUGCCAGUGGGGAUGGGCGCCACUACUGCUACCCUCACUUCACCUGCGCUGUGGACACUGAGAACAUCCGCCGUGUGUUCAACGACUGCCGUGACAUCAUCCAGCGCAUGCACCUUCGCCAGUACGAGCUGCUCUAAGAAGGGAACCCCCAAAUUUAAUUAAAGCCUUAAGCACAAUUAAUUAAAAGUGAAACGUAAUUGUACAAGCAGUUAAUCACCCACCAUAGGGCAUGAUUAACAAAGCAACCUUUCCUUUCCCCUGAGUGAUUUUGCGAAACCCCCUUUUCCUUCAGCUUGCUUAGAUGUUCCAAAUUUAGAAAGCUUAAGGCGGCCUACUGAAAAAGAAAAAGGAAAAAAAAGGCCACAAAAGUUCCCUCUCACUUUCAGUAAAAAUAAAUAAAAUAACAGCAGCAAACAAACAGAAACAAAAUGAAAUAAAAGAAACAAAUGAAAUAAAUAUUGUGUUGUGCAGCAUUAAAAAAAUCAAAAUAAAAAUUAAAUGUGAGCAAAGAA